AUGUGUGGCUGUGCAUCCAGCAGUGGGAACAAACAUUCAUAUUCUAUAAAUCAACCAGGGGGUGCUUCUUCCACUAAAGGAACAAACACAGCUUCAACAAAAAUGUCCAAACGCAUUCCAAUAUCAAAGCAGCUGGCUUCUAUAAAAGCUCUAGGAAAAGGCACUGAUCUAGAGAAAGCUAUUGCAACAGUAGCCUUGGUUUAUGAUAACGCUGCAGGCACCGAUGGCAAACUUAGCAAAUCUGAAGCGAAAAAGCUGCUCCAAACUCAAUUUAUGCAUUUUAUGCAGGGCCAAGAAACAAAGCCAAAAUACCAGGAAAUAAUUUCUGCUCUUGACGAGGACAAGAAUGACCGAAUCGACUUUGAAGAUUUCAUGGUUCAGAUGCUUAGCCUCACCCUGAUGUCUGACCUCUGGCAAGAGAUCCGAAAUGUGAAAAAAACUAAAUGA